CAAUCAGUGUACUUUUUUUAUUUAUAAUUUUAUUUUAUUUAUAAUUCCUUGCAAAAGUCUUAGUACUACUAUAAACAUUUAAAUAAAAAAACAGCAAUGAUUCGCAAUCGUAGAAAACCGCAAGGUCGAAAACGCGCGGGCAAUCGCCGUAAACUGUGUAGCAAACGAAGUCGCGAACGUCGAAGAAUCGAACGCGAACAGGAGAAAUUGCGCAAAAUGUCAUUGAGAUUUGGCAAAACGAUCGCGCCGAACUUUGGGCGUGCUUUUGAAAAUAGCAAACGUCAACUCACGCGUCAUCCGUAUUUGAAUUAUUUGCGACACUUCAAAAGCAAACAUCCACGUUACGGGUUCACGCGUAUCUUGCGUGAAGGCGCCAAAUCGUGGAAACGUCUGGCACCCAGGGAAAAGGCGAGUUUUUCGCAAAAGGAGGUGCUAAGAUCGUUACGUGAUGAAGAAAAGUUACAGCGCAAUAUGAAAUUAUUACCAGCCAGUACUUUACAGUUCGACUAUUGUCCACAGUCGCUUAGUACCAGACGUAAUAUUGAAAGAAAGCUGCGCAAUCGUCAAAUGAUACCGCGACCCGAUCAAGGAAGCGGCGAUCGAAAACCUGUUAGACCAAAUAUAUGGUGGAGUUUUUUAUGAGUUUGACGAAAAUAAUCGUGUUGCAAAUUGUUAUUUUUCUUUAAAAUUUCUAAAUUGCA